GGAAUUAUAAUUUUGAUCUUAACAUAAUCAUUAAUUCCCAUAGUGUGUUUGUUUUACAGCCUACUAAAAGAUAUGAAUUUUAAUAUUAGAAAUUAAAAUAAAAAAAAUUGAAUUAUUCAUUUAAAAUUAAAUUAGGGUUCCAUCUUAAAUUUUUGUCUAAGCCUCAAGUAUUUUUGGCCAGCCUGGGGAGAGGAUGUGUUAAAGCAUAAAAUAUUAACGUUGCACUUUGUCUAACAACUUAAAAUUUUCUAUUACUUGCAGGUGCUUUACCAGGUCUAUAUACAUAAUACAUAAAGCUAUCGUAUUUUGUGGCUUUCACUAUCCAUUCCUUAGUUGAAUGGGAUUGUAAUGUUUGGCAUAUGGAGCAAGUGGUAUACCGCAAAGAUACACCAUAGAAAUAUGUCUCUGUCUCCAUGCAUAAGCUUGUGCAUUCACGUGUUCCUACAUGCAGAAACUUGUUUAUUCAACUUUCCUUCAUCUAUACUUUAGUGUCACACAACACAACAUAUAUAAUUAUUAAUUUGGGAUUAAUGAUCUUGUUUUGUAACAUUGUGGUUAACCGUCAUAUAUAGGGGACUAAUUCCUAGAUAGGUGUCGAAUCUAGAUCAUCUUCAUUAUACUUUUACUCAAUUUCACUCAAUGGUACAUCAUCACCGUGAAUAGAUAAGGGGCCACAUAUAAAUAAUGGGUGUUCGGAAAGUAUAAUAAAACCUAGAGAAGUGAAUCAGGUUCAUCCUAAGUUACACCCGAAUUCUAGACUAUGUUGUUUACGUCGGAAAUCAAAAUUUGAGACUUCACCGAAAUUCAAUCCAAAUAUUUAUACCAAACUGUAACUCAAUAAUCAAUUUUGAAUUAAACUUCAUUUCAAGCAAAAUUUCAUCCCGAGUUCAAAAUUUACAGAUAUAUUAUAAUCUGGUUGGAGAGUUCUGGUUGAAUUUUAUAUUCGAGUUGAACUUGGAUUGAAAAUACUAUAAAUUGAGUUAAGCUUGAAUUAAUCUCUCAAUCCUACCCAUCCUCUCAAGUUAUGCCCCUAUUUCUAAGUAAAUAUUGAAUGCAACGGUGAUAUCAUGUCACUAUUGAUGAUAUGGUAUUACCAAUCAAUAAUAAAACCCCAAAUGGACAAGGUGAAUCCCAUUUUGGCUUACAUGGCAAAAGAGUGAAGAAUUAUUUACUUACAUGGCAGAUUAGUUAUUAAUUUUUGUGGGGUCAAUUUGUUUAUUUAUUUUAGUAUUAUUAGUUAGUGAUACCACAUCACCUUGUCAUGUAGUAUCAUCGUUGUAAUAAAUAUUUUUUCUCUAUUCCUAGUAAACCUAUCCCCCAAAAAAAAAAAAUUAAAUCAUAUUUGCAUGCAAAGCCAAGCUUUGGCCUAGGGGGUCAUCAACUUUCUAGAAUUACACUUUAUACCUCUUAAAUUAACCCUCUCAAUUUGAAAAUUAUAUUUUAACCCAAAUAUUAUAUUCUUUUUCAUUUUACAUGGCCCCUCAAGUUAUCCUUCAUUGUUGAUCUUGAUUUUGUUUUAACCAUCAACUAUUCAUUUAAACAUAUUGCACCAUUCAGUAUUUCAAAUAGUCUCGCGAACUAUAAAAUUUGAGCAAAAUUAAAAUUUAACAAUUGGUGCAAAAGGUUAACAAUUUGAAUAGCCAGUGGUGGGUGGGCACCGACUCCAACGGAAUCGGACAACAUGAUUCCGACCUCCGACUCCGACUUCAAUCAGAAUGAAUUUUGCUCUCCGACUCCAAACAACAUUGCCUCCGCCAAUCAGAAUCGGACCAGAAUUUUGGAGCUCUAUGACCCAAAAACUUCAAAAGAAAAAUGAAGCAAAUAUGUUCUUAUUUUUCAAAUCACCGAGAAACAAACGAAAAAUAUGCAUAAUCAACAAAGCAGAUCAGAUUAAGAAAUUGACAAUUUUUCCCAAAAAAAAACUAGGAAAAUAUUACAUACCUUCGACUAAAGAAGAUUGGAGGCAGAAGCAGAAGGGUCUCAUGCAGAAGGACAUCUCCGACUCAGGCAAAUGAAAUCUGUUACAUAAUUUCGACUAUCUGAGAUCUCAGAUCUAUGCUUCAAUUAGAGGAUGGGUUCUUCAAUCGGAGGUGCUACUGUGAGAGAGAGAGAGAGAGAGGAUUGUUGUCAUCUUGAGAGUGGGUUGUCGCCGCUGUCGCCGACGGAAAGCUUCAGCCGCCGAUGUUGCCGAGAGAGAGAGAGAGAGAGAGAGAGAGAAUACAUAUGUUGAAUAUGCGAGGGUGGGUAGGGAUUCCUAAAUCUAAUAUAUAAUAUCUAUUAUGGGAACUACUAUUUGGAUUUUAUUUGAGAACUUUAUUUAGAGACCUAAUGAUGUAUAAUUAUUGGCUUGGUUGUGGGCUCCAUCUAACAUUGGAACUCAUAACUAAUCCAAUGGUUAUAUUGAAAGCACAUU